AGGGCGCGCACUUCCGGUGCCUUUUCUCCCUGGAGUGCUGAGGCCCAAACCCUCGUGUGCAGUUGUGAACUUUAGGCUGGAGUGGGGUACAAGCGUGCAAGCACCCCCUCCUCACCUCUGGUGCCGCCGCCCACGGGGUCAGACAUGGCCCAGAACCUGAAGGACUUAGCGGGACGCCUGCCCGCCGGGCCCCGGGGCAUGGGCACGGCGCUGAAGCUGCUGCUGGGUGCCGGCGCGGUGGCCUAUGGCGUCCGCGAGUCUGUGUUCACCGUGGAAGGCGGCCAUCGAGCCAUCUUCUUUAACCGGAUCGGUGGCGUGCAGCAGGACACCAUCCUGGCGGAGGGCCUUCACUUCAGGAUUCCCUGGUUCCAGUACCCCAUUAUCUAUGACAUUCGGGCCAGACCCCGAAAAAUCUCCUCCCCCACAGGCUCCAAAGACCUGCAGAUGGUGAACAUCUCCCUGCGUGUGCUGUCCCGGCCCAAUGCCCAGGAGCUCCCCACCAUGUACCAGCGCCUGGGGCUGGACUAUGAGGAGCGAGUAUUGCCGUCCAUUGUCAACGAGGUGCUCAAGAGCGUGGUGGCCAAGUUCAAUGCAUCACAGCUGAUCACCCAACGGGCCCAGGUGUCCCUGCUGAUCCGCCGGGAGCUGACAGAGAGGGCCAAGGAUUUCAGCCUCAUUCUGGAUGACGUAGCCAUCACGGAGCUGAGCUUCAGCCGGGAGUACACAGCUGCUGUGGAAGCCAAACAAGUGGCCCAGCAGGAGGCCCAGCGGGCCCAGUUCUUGGUGGAAAAAGCAAAGCAGGAACAGCGGCAGAAGAUCGUGCAGGCGGAGGGUGAGGCAGAGGCUGCCAAGAUGCUUGGAGAAGCCCUGAGCAAGAACCCCGGCUACAUCAAGCUCCGAAAGAUCCGGGCAGCCCAGAACAUCUCCAAGACGAUCGCCACCUCGCAGAAUCGCAUCUAUCUCACCGCCGACAACCUGGUGCUGAACCUGCAGGAUGAGAGCUUCACCCGGGGAAGCGACAGUCUCAUCAAGGGUAAGAAGUGAGCCUGCCCGCCGCCUGCCCCCAGAGGAUGUGGCUGUUUCUCUGGGUUCUGAGCUGCACCCUGUGACACGUGACGGCCCCGCACCUGCCCCUGGAGACAGAAGACGACGGCCUUUGGGGGUGACUGCCCCCUCCCGAGUCGGCCGGGUGUCAGGACUGUGACUUCUCAGUGAUUUCCUACAGUGUUGUUCCCACCCCCAGGUGGGAGGAGAUCACCACCACCCAGGAAUUCUCAAUAAACUUUUAUUACUGAA